AUGGCUCCUACUUUCUCCACCAUAUCCAACUCAUUUGCAAUUUUGAUACUUGGUUUGUUAAUAUCAAACCAAGAAGCUUAUGGUCAUGGAUGCUACAAAUCUAUAAUCAGUUUCGGCAAUUCACUCGCUGACACUGGGAAUCUGCUUCAUAUUAAUCCACCCGAUAAACCUCCUAAAUCUGGGCGAUGGCCUUAUGGGAUAACUUUCUUCAAACGCCCCACCGGGCGGUAUUCCGACGGCCGACUCCUCGUUGAUUUCAUUGCUCAGAGUUUGGGGCUGCCAUUUCUGGAACCAUUUAUUGGCAGUAAAAAUGCAAAUGCAAGCAACAGAAAUUUUAGUAAAGGUGUGAAUUUUGCAGUUGCUGGAGCUACAGCACUUAAUCAAUCUUUUCUUGAGAAAUAUGGAGUCUUUAAUCCUCUGACUAAUGUCUCUCUGGGAACUCAGUUGGAUUGGUUCAAAGAAUUUUUUUCUACAUUCUGCAAGACAAAUCCAGAUUGUAAAACAUUUCUUCAAACAUCUCUAAUUCUAGUGGGUGAGAUUGGAGGCAAUGAAUACAAUUAUGCAUUCGUGCAAGGAACAGACAUAGAAGUGAUUGAAUCAUUUGUUACUGCAAUUAUCAGUGACAUCAGUUUCACGGUCCAAGAGUUAAUUAAGCUUGGAGCCAGCACAGUGCUUGUUCCGGGGAACCUGCCAACUGGUUGUUUGCCUUAUUAUCUUUCAUAUUACGAGGAUUCGGAUGAAAAAGAAUAUGACCGUAAAACUGGUUGUCUUAACUGGUUAAACGGGUUUUCUGAGCACCAUAACGAUCUGCUUCAGAUGGAACUGAACCGCAUACGUGGUCUUUAUCCAUAUGCCACCAUUAUAUAUGGAGAUUAUUACAAUGCUGCAAUGCGCAUUUAUCUUUCUCCAAACAAAUUUGGAUUUACAAGCGUUCUUAGAGCAUGCUGUGGAGCAGGAGGACCAUACAACUACAAUGCAUCAGCGGAGUGCAGCACUCCACCAGCAACUGUUUGUGGUGAUCCUUCUCGAUAUGUUAGUUGGGAUGGUAUACACUUUACAGAGGCAGCCUACCGUCGGAUAGCACAGGGUCUACUUGAAGGACCAUACACCAUUCCUCUCAUCCGAACAGUUUGUAGCUCAAUAUCCAGAAUCUCUGGACUUUCUGAGUAUUAA